AUGAGAGGGGUCUUCAAACUCCCAGAGUACCCUGGGGUCGGCGGGCAGAGCGUUUUUCAUAUCACUCUAAGAGGUCAUCCGGGUAGCGAGGCACCGUUUCUGAGGAGGAUAUUGUUCCUGCCCCCCCUGCUCUACCUCCGCCCCCCCCCACCCAACCCCAUUAAGAGUCUCUCCAGCGUGGCUAUUAUAGGAGGCGAAGGCUCCGCCAGCAGCCCCCACCCUCGACCCCCGCUAAUGGGCCUGCGGAGAUUAGUGUCUGACCGCUGUGUGGUGGCUCUGGUGCCCAAACAGACCUCGUCCUACAACAUCCCGCCCUCCGCCAGCAUAUCACGCACGUCCAUCAGCAGAUAUGACUCAUCUUUCCGGUACACGGGAAGUCCUGACAGCCUGCGUUCGCGCGCCCCCAUGAUCACCCCCGACCUGGAGAGCGGGGUCAAGGUAUGGCACCUGGUCAAGAACCACGAGCACGGCGACCAGAAGGAGGGAGACCGCGGCAGCAAGAUGGUGUCUGAGAUCUACCUGACCAGGCUGCUCGCCACCAAGGGUACCCUGCAGAAGUUUGUGGACGACCUGUUUGAGACGCUGUUCAGCACCGUCCACAGGGGGAGCGCCCUCCCUCUCGCCAUCAAGUACAUGUUCGACUUCCUGGACGAGCAGGCGGACAAACACGGCAUCCACGACACGGACGUGCGACACACGUGGAAGAGCAACUGCCUUCCUCUGAGGUUCUGGGUGAACGUGAUCAAGAACCCCCAGUUUGUGUUCGACAUCCACAAGAGCAGCAUCACGGACGCCUGCCUGUCCGUGGUGGCCCAGACCUUCAUGGACUCCUGCUCCACCUCGGAGCACCGCCUUGGGAAGGACUCGCCCUCCAACAAGCUGCUCUACGCCAAGGACAUCCCCAACUACAAGAGCUGGGUGGAGAGGUACUACGCUGACAUUAACCGCCUGCCGGCCAUCAGCGACCAGGAUAUGAACGCCUACCUGGCAGAGCAGGCUCGCCUCCACUCCUCUGAGUUCAACAUGCUCAGCGCCCUCAACGAGAUCUACUCCUACGUCAGCAAAUACAGCGAGGAGAUCACAACUGCCCUGGAGCUGGACGAGCAGGCCAAGAAGCAGAGGCUGGCCUACAAGGUGGAGCAGCUCAUCUCCGCCAUGUCCCUGGAGAGCUGAGAGACACCCCCACACCCCUGGGGGCCACGCCUCCUGAGGCCACACCCAUCUGACUCAACCCAGCCAACAGCCCGCCCACCUCCCGUCUGUGGGAGGGGCCACCGCCACACGGGACUGUUUUUCUCCAACACUUCAGUUUCCUCCUUUCUUCUUCUUCUGCCUUCCUGGUGUGCUGCCAUCAGCUGAGUGAAAGACUUCACUGGAGGACCAGUGACUGUUUACUGGGUUCUGGAGACCCACUGGUGAACUCACCUGGGGCCCCACCGGACUGCAUCUCAUUUAGAAAACGUUUUUGGUUUGUUAUAUGGAGUUGAGUGUAUGAGUUUGUGUGUGUGUGUGUGUGUACAGGACCUAAAGAGACUAUGUGAUAUGCUGUGAGGCAAAUCUUCUCUUCUCUGCUGGAGACUCACAUCACACAGAGAGUGAAACAAACACUUCCUCACAAAUGUCUGAUUGCAGAAAUAUCGUUGGUGCGUUUGCUUCCAAAUUUUAUUUUUGUACCGUGUGUGCACAUUCGAAUCGUUAUCAGUUCCUGUUGAAAUCCGGUGUCAUACUGCUGUCCUGUCAGAAGCUGGUGAUGAAACAGACUCAACCAUCUCGUCUUCUCCUGCUCCGCCUCUCUGUUGUCCCUCAAAACAGACAGGCAGAGAGAGGGUCAUGUCUUAGACGGAUGCUCGACAUCAAACGGACACGUCCCACCGCUUUUACCCUAUCAGAACCUGUACAGGAAACCAUGUGACGCACCCUCAUCCUCCAAGAGAGCCAACCAAUAUACCAACGAUGAGGUCGGAGUUGAACCAGCAUGCUAGUGGGCGCCUAGACCCUGCGCCGUGUGGGUUAGAGGAAGCUAACCACACGGCCUCCGUGGGUUUAAGAAGAGACAACUACCUACCGAACCAGCCGCACGUUGGGUGUCUAAGACUUUAUUCAGCUGUACUGUCCUCUGUGUCUGUUCUGGUCUAUCCAUGUCUAUGGCUGUGAAUGUACAAAAACAGAUAUGUGUACUUCUUUUGGUUUUCUUUUGUUUAGGUUAUUUCCACCUAAUAGGGGGGUUAGUUGAACUGAGCUCCCUGUUGAGAGAGACAGACAUUUAAGGGAACAUGUCCAUUCCUCUGUCCAGUCCCCCCCCCCGCCCCUUACCUUACUGUUCUACAUUAUCUAACAAGUUUCCAACCCCCCCCCCCCUCCACAGUAUGAGGGUGUGUACAGUCUGUGUUGUGGCUGUCAUUGACGUGACUCCGCUGCUCUUGCGUACAGCUACCAGUUAGUGCAGAAUAGACUAGAGUCCUGAAGGAGGACAGGACCGCCAGGGGCUGUAGGGGAAAACACUCCGUUAUGUAACCACUGUACUUGUAUGGCUUUAGGGAUUUGAUCAACUGUGUGUGUAUUCUUGCAUGCAUCGUAUCACAUGUCAGAAGUGUUCCAAGGGUCCAUCUUUGUUUUUUCAAGUGCCAACGUUGUCCGGCUAGCUCCAGUAAAGCCACAGCGCUAGUUUGCGGGAGUUGCAUGCCCCACACACCUCCAACAAUGUCCUUACAGAAGCCUGUGUGGGUCUAGUUUGACUAAGUGCCAAAAGGUCCUGUCGUUUCAUUUAUUUACUGUUGUGUCAGAAUCGGUUCAUGUUUUCGGGAGGGAGAGCGAAGCCCUGGAACUGAAACGGUGUCUUUGGAGACCAGGCGGAUGUUACUGGCCAGCAGAGAGAUGCACAGUCAGGCUCCUGAAAGGGCAGGUACGAUGGCAACCCACCCAGGAGACCAGACUGAUUAUGCCUAAUCGACAGCGCUGUAGGGUGUCGUCACUCUCGACUCUCCAGAAGAAACAUGGCAGCGUUGGCGUGGGCUAAAGAAGAUAGUGGUUCCAGAUGGAACCGUGAGCCCUCUGUCGGAGAUAAGGAGGCCGGGGUGAAAGCCUUUCCAGAGCAAACUGACUGGUCACGGGAGGAAAGCAUGCACGCUCAGACGUCCACAAACUGUAGACUCCAGGACAGUUCGGCUUUGUGUCGUAUGCUCCUCGUUUACGGACAGUGCUUGAACAUGGGCAGUGAUGGAGGUGUGAAUGUAGGGAAGGAACGCCAGAUAAGUGAAAGGUGUUUGUUUACUCUGUGGCCUUAGAAGACCCACCGCCCAGUGCUCUUGAUCCUCUCCACCUGGCCCACUGAGAUGUGGUACCUGGCCUGCCCUGGUGUAGGGGGGCUGUCUGGGUGGGGGUGGGGGGGGGGUGAAGAGGAGAGGUACCUUUACAGGCAGCCACUGCCACUCUGCGGCUCACCUUAGCUGUGUGAAGAGAGACGCUUUCUGGAACGAGAAAAAGAGAGAGAGAGAGAGAGGGACAGAGAGAGAGAGAGAGAGAGAGAGAGAGAGAGAGAGAGAGAGAGAGAGAGAGAGAGAGAGAGAGAGAGAGAGAACCCCUUUAGCUCUAGUUUCCUGCUCUGACUUUGAAGCAGCUCUUUGAUGUGAGUGAGCCGUGUGCAGAGUGUGAUCAGGAGAUAGAAAAAACCCACAUAAAAAAAAAAGAAACAAAAAUCAGUUAGAGAAAUGUGUGGCGGGCAGAUGAUUGACGGGGCAUUAAUGUGGUGGGGGGGCAGGGGAGGCAUGGGGUGGGGGGGGGUAGGUGGGGUGCUGUAUUUUGGCCCCCUGGUGAGCACUGCAGCCCCUCACAAACAUCUCUUGGCAUACGCUCAGUGCGCACAGCCACACACACUCGUACACAAACAAUCUUCCUUUGGACAAAGGUGUCUUCCCUACUUCUGCAAACAGGAUCAUAUCCUCCUCAUACCUCAUAGCUUGUCUGUCCUGGCACACGUCAUGUGACAGGACCUUCUAUUGUCUUCUACUGAAAGGGUGAAACGUUCACUUCUCCAUGAUAGGUUACACAGUAAGUCGAUUCCUUUCGGUGUCAUUAUGUUUUUAGAUCAAUCAGACAAACCUGAAAUCCCCCCUAAAACUGCAUGCCUAUCUAUCACACUUCCAUUGCGCUUUUGUCAAAGAGAUUUUGUUGGAUAGAAAGUUGUUUGUUUUUAUGCUGCGCUAUUUUAUAUUUUGGGAAAGUAAAAGGCGAUCGUUACGUUUACUGUUCAUUCUGCAGUGCGGAAUAUGAUUUUACAGGAAUAUUAUUUUACAGCCAUUUGUUUUAAACAUGUUGCAGUUAAUCGCAACUGCGAUAUAUCCAGUAUAAUAUUAGAUAUAACCUCAUUUCUCAUGGAGCUGGAACUGAAUAGAUGUGAUGUAGUGCACUUUCAGCGCUUGGCUUACAUGCCUCUGUGGGUGGUGUGUUGAGUUGGCCGGCAUGUUUCAUGAAUAUACAAAAUCAACAUUUAUUCACUAUUUCCUUUUUAUGUCAUCAGUGAGAAGACCAGAUUACUGAUACUCGAAAUUAUCACAAAAUAUUAAAUGAAUAUCUUUCCAUUUCUAACACAACACAUAGUUGACAACCCUUCGUAGACACUGGAGUUUUGUAAUAUAGUAAAUACAAAUAAUAAUGACGACGAUGAGGAUAAUAAUAUGGCUGUCUGUUCUUGUUGUUUUAUAAAAAGUGUUGUGAAAAUUGUAAGAAAGUUAAAGUAUUUAAAAAGUUGUUCUUGUUUUUUUUAUUUGCUUUGGUUUUGUUAUGAUAAUAUAUUAUUGUGUACCUAUUGUAAAUAUGAAGCACACCUAUUUUGCAAGCCAAGGAUUCACUUUGUACCGUUGUUAUAUAUAAAUAAACUUUGCUGGUUAAAAAUCGCAUAGAGCCAA